AGGAGAGCGAGGCCGACAGGACGGAAGAAGAAACGCGGCGAUGGCCUCGAUAAGCACGGCGAAGAAGGAGAUGCGGAGCAGGAUCAAGAAGAUCCUCGCCGGCGUCUCUGCAGACUCAGUUACGUGUCAAUGUUCGCGCCCUCCUGCAUCCCAUCUCUCCAGCAUCUGUUUAUUAUAUUAACAUCUAUCCUCACGGCUGCUGAUGUUUGUCUAUCGUAGCCUCGCUUGCCACUGAACGCCUGCUCGCACUCCCCGAAUACCAGUCGGCACGGCGCGUCAGCGUGUACUUGUCGAUGCCGGCCGGCGAGCUGAGGACCGGGGAGAUCGUGAGGGACGCCUUUAGACGCGGGAAGCAGGUCUUUGUGCCAUACAUCUACAAGCUCGGAGGCAGUGCUGAAACGAAGCCGUCGUCGAUCAUGGAGAUGCUGGCCCUGCGCUCGCUCGAGGAUUACGAGUCUCUACAGCCAGACGGGUGGGGGAUUCCUACGCUUGACGCCAGCUCGGUGGCCGGCAGGGAGAACUGUCUGGGAGGGAACGGGCUACGGGGUGAAGACGGCGCCUUGAAAGGCGGUGACGACUGCGGCCUGGAUUUCAUUGUCGUGCCGGGCAUGGCCUUUGACCAUGGCAGACGCAGACUGGGACACGGAAAGGGGUAUUAUGACCGGUUUAUCAACAGAUAUCGCAGUAACGUGGGCAAAGGGCAGAUGCCAUAUCUCGCCGCUUUCUGUCUGGCCGAGCAGGUCCUUCAGCCUCCAGAAGAGGUGCCUGUGGGAGAGUACGACAACCUCGUCGAUAGCCUGGUCGUAGGUGACGGACGAGUCGUGAGAAGCUGA